AUGUUAGCUGUCGCAGUAACUAUUUUCGUUUCCUUCGAGAAUGAUGCUUGUCAAAAAGCCCGUCUACUCGCAUCAUCUCAAGAAGAAUCCGGAUAUUGGUUAGGCGCUUUACCGUCGACAUCAUUGGGUUUAUGUUUGGACAACGACUCAUUAAGAAUUGCAGUUGCCUUGAGACUCGGUGCGAAAAUAUGCAAUACACACAAUUGCAAAUGCGGAAAGAAAGUGGACGAAUUCGGUCAUCAUGGGACUGUACGUGAAGAUGGAAAACGACCAGAUGGAUUAACAUUAACACCGUGGUCACAUGGCAAAUGCUUACUGUGGGAUGCAACCUGUGGUGACACACUUGCAAAAUCAUACGUAAAGCAGACUUCCAGAGAUGUUGGUUGGGUUGCCAGAACAGCAGAACAAGAUAAGAUAUCUCAUUAUUCAUCCUUACUUAGUCAAUAUCAUUUUAUUCCGCUAGGUUUUGAAACCUUAGGUCCAUGGGGACCACAUUGUAAGAAAUUUGUUUCCGAUUUGGGCAAAAGAAUUUCAGAACUUACACAUGAAAAAAGGGCCACAUUAUACCUCAAACAAAGGCUGAGCAUUGACGUUCAACGAGGAAACGCGAUAUCAGUUCUCAAUACAUUGCCAUCAACGAGUUCUCUGGAAGAAGUUUUUUAUUUGAUUUCAAAAAAAAAGACUAAUUUUUUGUAAUAUUUUCUUUU